CUGGCGCGGGAGCGGCGGGAGCGGUGGCGGCGGCAGAGGCGGCGGCUCCAGCUCCGGCUCCGGCUCCGGCUCCGGCUCCAGCUCGGGUGGCGGUGGCAGGAGCGGGACCAGGUGGAGGCGGCGGCGGCAGAGGAGUGGGAGCAGCGGCCCCAGCGGCUUGCGGGGGGACAUGCGGACCGACGGCCCCUGGAUAGGCGAAAGGAGCGGAGGCCCUGGUGCCCUGCCCUUGGUGCUGAGUAUCCAGCAAGAGUGACUGGGGUGAAGAAGCAAAGACCUGAUGAUGGUCUGACCUACCUUGAAGUUCAGUCUUGCCAGAAGAGGUACCUGAAGGUGGAGCCCUCUGUCCUCUGGGGAGGCCACUAGCUGAUGUCUGAUGGGGUGAAGAUGGGGUGUGCUAUAGUUCCUGACUUCUGGAAGCUGGGUUGAUUGUCCUGGGCUGUGGCUGGCUGUGGAGCUAGAGCCCUGGAUGGCCCCCGAGCCAGCCCCAGGGAGGACGAUGGUGCCCCUUGUGCCUGCACUGGUGAUGCUUGGUUUGGUGGCAGGCGCCCAUGGUGACAGCAAACCUGUCUUCAUUAAAGUCCCUGAGGACCAGACUGGGCUGUCAGGAGGGGUAGCCUCCUUCGUGUGCCAAGCCACAGGAGAACCCAAGCCACGCAUCACAUGGAUGAAGAAGGGGAAGAAAGUCAGCUCCCAGCGCUUCGAGGUCAUUGAGUUUGAUGAUGGGGCAGGGUCAGUGCUUCGGAUCCAGCCAUUGCGGGUGCAGCGAGAUGAAGCCAUCUAUGAGUGUACAGCUACUAACAGCCUGGGUGAGAUCAACACUAGUGCCAAGCUCUCAGUGCUCGAAGAGGAACAGCUGCCCCCUGGGUUCCCUUCCAUCGACAUGGGGCCCCAGCUGAAGGUGGUGGAGAAGGCACGAACAGCCACCAUGCUAUGCGCCGCAGGCGGAAAUCCAGACCCUGAGAUUUCUUGGUUCAAGGACUUCCUUCCUGUAGACCCCGCCACGAGCAACGGCCGCAUCAAGCAGCUGCGUUCAGGUGCCUUGCAGAUAGAGAGCAGUGAGGAAUCCGACCAAGGCAAGUACGAGUGUGUGGCGACCAACUCGGCAGGCACACGUUACUCAGCCCCUGCGAACCUGUACGUACGAGUGCGCCGCGUGGCUCCUCGUUUCUCCAUCCCACCCAGCAGCCAGGAGGUGAUGCCAGGCGGCAGCGUGAACCUGACAUGUGUGGCAGUGGGUGCGCCCAUGCCCUACGUGAAGUGGAUGAUGGGGGUCGAGGAGCUCACCAAGGAGGAUGAGAUGCCAGUCGGCCGCAACGUCCUGGAGCUCAGCAAUGUCGUGCGCUCCGCCAACUACACCUGUGUGGCUAUCUCCUCACUGGGCAUGAUCGAGGCCACAGCCCAGGUCACAGUGAAAGCUCUGCCGAAGCCUCCGAUUGAUCUUGUGGUGACGGAGACAACUGCCACCAGUGUCACCCUCACCUGGGACUCUGGGAACUCAGAGCCUAUAUCCUACUAUGGCAUCCAGUACCGCGCAGCGGGCACGGAGGGCCCCUUUCAGGAGGUGGAUGGUGUGGCCACCACCCGCUACAGCAUUGGCGGCCUCAGUCCUUUCUCGGAAUAUGCCUUCCGCGUGCUGGCGGUGAACAGCAUCGGGCGAGGGCCGCCCAGCGAGGCAGUGCGGGCACGCACGGGAGAACAGGCGCCCUCCAGCCCACCGCGCCGCGUGCAGGCACGCAUGCUGAGUGCCAGCACAAUGCUGGUGCAGUGGGAGCCUCCUGAGGAGCCCAACGGCCUGGUGCGAGGAUACCGCGUCUACUAUACUCCGGACUCCCGCCGCCCCCCGAGUGCCUGGCACAAGCACAACACCGACGCGGGGCUCCUCACCACCGUGGGCAGCCUGCUGCCUGGCAUCACCUACAGCUUGCGCGUGCUUGCCUUCACCGCUGUGGGCGACGGCCCUCCCAGCCCCACCAUCCAGGUCAAGACGCAGCAGGGAGUGCCUGCCCAGCCCGCGGACUUCCAGGCCGAGGUGGAGUCGGACACCAGGAUCCAGCUCUCGUGGCUGCUGCCCCCUCAGGAGCGAAUCAUCAUGUAUGAGCUGGUGUACUGGGUGGCAGAGGACGAAGACCAACAGCACAAGGUGACCUUCGACCCAACCUCCUCCUACACACUAGAGGACCUGAAGCCCGACACACUCUACCGCUUCCAGCUGGCUGCGCGCUCAGAUAUGGGGGUGGGCGUCUUCACCCCCACCAUUGAGGCCCGCACAGCACAGUCCACCCCCUCCGCCCCUCCCCAGAAGGUGAUGUGUGUGAGCACGGGCUCCACCACGGUCCGGGUAAGUUGGGUCCCGCCACCUGCCGACAGCCGCAACGGCGUUAUCACCCAGUACUCCGUGGCCUACGAGGCGGUGGACGGCGAAGACCGCAGGCGGCAUGUGGUGGAUGGCAUCAGCCGCGAGCACUCCAGCUGGGACCUGGUGGGCCUGGAGAAGUGGACGGAGUAUCGGGUGUGGGUGCGGGCACACACAGAUGUGGGCCCCGGCCCCGAGAGCAGCCCGGUGCUGGUGCGCACCGAUGAGGACGUGCCCAGCGGGCCUCCGCGGAAGGUGGAGGUGGAGCCACUGAACUCUACUGCUGUGCAUGUCUACUGGAAGCUGCCUGUCCCCAGCAAGCAGCAUGGCCAGAUCCGUGGCUACCAGGUCACCUACGUGCGGCUGGAGAAUGGCGAGCCCCGUGGACUCCCCAUCAUCCAAGACGUCAUGCUAGCCGAGGCCCAGUGGCGGCCGGAGGAGUCCGAGGACUAUGAAACCACUAUCAGCGGCCUGACCCCAGAGACCACCUACUCCAUUACUGUCGCUGCCUAUACCACCAAGGGGGAUGGUGCCCGCAGCAAGCCCAAAAUUGUUACUACAACGGGUGCAGUCCCAGGCCGGCCCACUGUGAUGGUCAGCACCACGGCCAUGAACACUGCGCUGCUCCAGUGGCACCCACCUAAGGAGCUGCCUGGCGAGCUGCUGGGCUACCGGCUGCAGUACUGCCGGGCUGACGAGGCGCGGCCCAACACUAUCGAUUUCGGCAAGGAUGACCAGCACUUCACAGUCACCGGCCUGCACAAGGGGACCACCUACAUCUUCCGGCUUGCUGCCAGGAACCGGGCUGGCCUGGGUGAGGAGUUCCAGAAGGAGAUCAGGACCCCCGAGGACCUACCCAGCGGCUUUCCCCAAAACCUGCGUGUGACAGGACUGACCACAUCUACCACAGAACUGGCCUGGGACCCGCCAGUGCUGGCAGAGAGGAAUGGACGCAUCACCAGCUACACUGUGGUGUUCCGAGACAUCAACAGCCAGCAGGAGCUGCAGAACAUCACGACAGACACCCACUUUACCCUUUCUGGCCUCAAGCCAGACACCACUUACGACAUCAAGGUCCGCGCAUGGACCAGCAAAGGCUCUGGCCCACUCAGCCCCAGCAUCCAGUCCCGGACCAUGCCAGUGGAGCAAGUGUUUGCCAAGAACUUCCGGGUGGCGGCUGCAAUGAAGACAUCUGUGCUGCUCAGCUGGGAGGUCCCCGACUCCUAUAAGUCAGCUGUGCCCUUUAAGAUUCUGUACAACGGGCAGAGUGUGGAGGUGGACGGGCACUCGAUGCGAAAGCUGAUCGCAGACCUGCAGCCCAACACGGAGUACUCGUUUGUGCUGAUGAACCGUGGCAGCAGCGCAGGGGGGCUGCAGCACCUGGUGUCAAUCCGCACGGCCCCCGACCUUCUGCCACACAAGCCGCUGCCCGCCUCUGCCUACAUAGAGGACGGCCGUUUUGCCCUCUCCAUGCCCCAUGUGCAGGACCCCUCACUUGUCAGGUGGUUCUAUAUCGUGGUGGUACCCAUUGACCGUGUGGGCGGGAGCAUGCUGGCGCCAAGGUGGAGCACACCCGAGGAACUGGAGCUGGACGAGCUUCUGGAAGCCAUCGAGCAGGGCGGAGAGGAGCAGCGGCGGCGGCGGCGGCAGGCAGAGCGUCUGAAGCCAUAUGUGGCUGCUCAACUGGAUGUGCUCCCCAAGACCUUCACCUUGGGGGACAAGAAGAACUACUGGGGCUUCUACAACCGGCCCCUGUCUCCGGACCUGAGCUACCAAUGCUUUGUGCUUGCCUCCUUGAAGGAACCCAUGGACCAGAAGCGCUAUGCAUCCAGCCCCUACUCGGAUGAGAUCGUGGUCCAGGUGACACCAGCCCAGCAGCAGGAGGAGCCGGAGAUGCUGUGGGUGACGGGUCCCGUGCUGGCAGUCAUCCUCAUCAUCCUCAUUGUCAUCGCCAUCCUCCUGUUCAAAAGGAAAAGGACCCACUCCCCGUCCUCUAAGGAUGAGCAGUCGAUCGGACUGAAGGACUCCUUGCUGGCCCACUCCUCUGACCCUGUGGAGAUGCGGAGGCUCAACUACCAGACCCCAGGUAUGCGAGACCAUCCACCCAUCCCCAUCACCGACCUGGCGGACAACAUCGAACGACUCAAAGCCAACGAUGGCCUCAAGUUCUCCCAGGAGUAUGAGUCCAUCGACCCUGGACAGCAGUUCACGUGGGAGAAUUCAAACCUGGAGGUGAACAAGCCCAAGAACCGCUAUGCAAAUGUCAUCGCCUACGACCACUCUCGAGUCAUCCUUACCUCUAUCGAUGGUGUCCCCGGGAGUGACUACAUCAAUGCCAACUACAUCGAUGGCUACCGCAAGCAGAAUGCCUACAUCGCCACACAGGGCCCCCUGCCCGAGACCAUGGGCGAUUUCUGGAGAAUGGUGUGGGAACAGCGCACAGCCACUGUGGUCAUGAUGACACGGCUGGAGGAGAAGUCCCGGGUAAAAUGUGAUCAGUACUGGCCCGCCCGUGGCACCGAAACCUAUGGCCUUAUUCAGGUGACCCUGUUGGACACAGUGGAGCUGGCCACAUAUACUGUGCGCACCUUCGCACUCCACAAGAGUGGCUCCAGUGAGAAGCGUGAGCUGCGUCAGUUCCAGUUCAUGGCCUGGCCAGACCAUGGAGUUCCUGAGUACCCAACUCCCAUCCUGGCCUUCCUGCGACGGGUCAAGGCCUGCAACCCCCUAGACGCAGGGCCCAUGGUGGUGCACUGCAGUGCGGGCGUGGGCCGCACCGGCUGCUUCAUCGUGAUUGAUGCCAUGCUGGAGCGGAUGAAGCACGAGAAGACGGUGGACAUCUAUGGCCACGUGACCUGCAUGCGAUCACAGAGGAACUAUAUGGUACAGACGGAGGACCAGUAUGUGUUCAUCCACGAGGCACUGCUGGAGGCUGCCACGUGCGGCCACACAGAGGUGCCUGCCCGAAACCUCUAUGCCCACAUCCAGAAGCUGGGCCAAGUGCCUCCAGGGGAGAGUGUGACCGCCAUGGAGCUUGAGUUCAAGUUGUUGGCCAGCUCCAAGGCCCACACGUCCCGCUUCAUCAGCGCCAACCUGCCCUGCAACAAGUUCAAGAACCGGCUGGUGAACAUCAUGCCCUAUGAAUUGACGCGUGUGUGUCUGCAGCCCAUCCGUGGCGUGGAGGGCUCUGACUACAUCAAUGCCAGCUUCCUGGAUGGUUAUAGACAGCAGAAGGCCUACAUAGCUACACAGGGGCCUUUGGCAGAGAGCACCGAGGACUUCUGGCGCAUGCUGUGGGAGCACAAUUCCACCAUCAUCGUCAUGCUGACCAAGCUUCGGGAGAUGGGAAGGGAAAAAUGCCACCAGUACUGGCCAGCAGAGCGCUCUGCUCGCUACCAGUACUUUGUUGUUGACCCAAUGGCUGAGUACAACAUGCCCCAGUAUAUCCUGCGUGAGUUCAAGGUCACGGAUGCCCGGGAUGGGCAGUCAAGGACAAUCCGGCAGUUCCAGUUCACAGACUGGCCAGAGCAGGGUGUGCCCAAGACAGGCGAGGGCUUCAUUGACUUCAUCGGGCAGGUGCACAAGACCAAGGAGCAGUUUGGACAGGAUGGGCCUAUCACGGUGCACUGCAGUGCUGGCGUGGGCCGCACCGGCGUGUUCAUCACUCUGAGCAUUGUCCUGGAGCGCAUGCGCUACGAGGGCGUGGUCGACAUGUUUCAGACCGUGAAGACCCUGCGUACGCAGCGUCCUGCCAUGGUGCAGACAGAGGACCAGUACCAGCUGUGCUACCGUGCGGCCCUGGAGUACCUCGGCAGCUUUGACCACUAUGCAACGUAACUACCGCUCCCCUCUCCUCCGCCACCCCCGCCGUGGGGCUCCGGAGGGGACCCAGCUCCUCUGAGCCAUACCGACCAUCGUCCAGCCCUCCUACGCAGAUGCUGUCACUGGCAGAGCGCAGCCCACGGGGAUCACAGCGUUUCAGGAACGUUGCCACACCAAUCAGAGAGCCUAGAACAUCCCUGGGCAAGUGGGUGGCCCAGCAGGCAGGCACUGUGGCCCUUCUGUCCACCAGGCCCACCUGGAGCCCGCUGCAAGCUCUCUGUUGCGCUGCUGCGUUUCUCAUGCUUCUUCUCAUGGGGUGGGGUUGGGGCAAAGCCUCCUUUUUAAUACAUUAAGUGGGGUAGACUGAGGGAUUCUAGCCUCUUCCCUCUGAUUUUUCCUUUUGCGAAUCCAUAUCUGCAAAGUGGGGCACUGUAGGGGUUGGGGUUUAUUUUGUUUAUUUUGAGUUCACUUCGGAUCCUUAUUUUGUAUGACUUCUGCUGAAGGACAGAACAUUGCCUUCCCCAUGCAGAGCUGGGGCUGCCAGCCUGAGCGGAGGCUCGGCCGUGGGCUGGGAGGUGGCGCUGAUCCGGCUGCUCCUCCAGCCCUUCAGACGAGAUCCUGUUUCAGCUAAAUGCAGGGAAACUCAAUUUUUUUUUAAGUUUUGUUUUCCCUUAAAAGCCUUUUUUUAGGCCACAUCGACAGUGGUGGGCGGGGAGGAGAUAGGGAACACUCAUCCCUGGUCGUCUGUCCCAGUGUGUGUUUAACAUUCACAGCCCAGAACCACAGACGUGUCUGGGAGAGCCUGGCAAGGCAUUCCUCAUCACCAUCGUGUUUGCAAAGGUUAAAACAAAAACAAAAAAACCACAAAAAUAAAAAACAAAAAAAAAAAAAAAAAACCCAAGAAAAAAAGAGAAUCAGCCCUUGGCUUCUGCUUCAAACCCUCAAGAGGGGAAGCAACUCCAUGUGCCUGGGGUUCCCAAGGGAGCUGCUGGCUGACCUGGGCCCGCAGAGCCUGGCUUUGGUCCCCAGCAUUGCAGUAUGGCGUGGUGUUUGUAGGCUGUGGGGUCUGGCUGUGUGGCCAAGGUGAAUAGCACAGGUCAGGGUGUGUGCCACACCCCAUGUACCUCAGGGCCAAGCGGGGGGCGUGGCUGGCCUUUCAGGUCCAGGCCAGUGAGCCUGGUAGCACAUGUCUGUCCUCAAGAGCAGGGGCCAGAUGAUUUUCCUCCCUGGUUUGCAGCUGUUUUCAAAGCCCCCGCGUAUCGCUCUUUUCCACUCCAAGAUGCCCUCCUAAACCAAUGUGGCAAGACUACUGGACUUCUAUCAAUGGUCCUCCAAUCAGUCCUUAUUAUCCCAGCUUGCUGAGGGGCAGGGAGAGAGCCUCUUCCUCUGGGCAGAGCUAUCUAGAUAGGUAAGUGGGGGCGGGGAAGGGUGCAUAGCUGUUUUAGCUGAGGGACGUGGUGCCGACGUCCCCAAACCUAGCUAGGCUAAGUCAAGAUCAACAUUCCAGGGUUGGUAAUGUUGGAUGAUGAAACAUUCAUUUUUACCUUGUGGAUGCUAGUGCUGUAGAGUUCACUGUUGUACACAGUCUGUUUUCUAUUUGUUAAGAAAAACUACAGCAUCAUUGCAUAAUUCUUGAUGGUAAUAAAUUUGAAUAAUCAGAUUUCUUACAAA